CUGCUCUGUUUCUUUUUCUCCCUACAGCCGGACAUAAACCAGCCCUCACCGACGCUUCCACCUGAAAAAAAUUGAAAAUUUCCAGAUCUGCUGUCUUCUUCCCUCCCCUGCCGCCGGUUUCAGCUUGUGUGGGUGUGAAAUUUUCGGCUUUUUUUGCUCUUCUCAAAUUCCCGCCAGCCUUGGAACCUGCCAAGCUCGGUUUUGCUUGCCAUAAUUUUCUGGUAUGAGACAGCUUUUAAAGCUGAAUUUUAAACCAUUUAAUUGCUGCCUUGUUGAGCUUAAUUGGUUGUUAUGGGUGCCCUUAUGUUGUCCGAAAAUUCUGUUGAAAUAGUGAGAAUUUCGGCAACUUGAGCAUGGGUUUUGGUUGAUGGUUUAUGUAGGAAAUUGGUGGGUGUGGCUGUUGUGGUGAUGUCCGGAAAAAAAAAAAGGGAAAAAUGGAAAUAAAAGCCUUGUUCCCCAUUGUGUCCGUCCUUGAUCCUCUGGUGACCUUAGCACUUUGGUUAAGCCUUCUAUCCUGUGCAAUUAAGGUAAGUAAAUUAUGGUAAUACCCUUAAAUUUUAAAGCAUAUUUUAACUUGUUUUUGAGAUGGUGGCGAGGUUUAAAUGGAUUUAUUUACAUUUGAGCAUAAUUAAAAAUGGAAAUGAAACUUUUAUUAUUUUCCUUAUUUUCUAGAAUUGAACAUGCCCACGUGAGAUUCUUUCGGUUUAUUCUUGAAAGUGAGAACGAUUGUGAAUCAUGGUUUUUCUGUAAAUUUGCUUGGUUUUGUCUCCGAUAUGGUCCGUGUGCCCGCUAGUGGGAGGUUUAUAAACGCUAGCACAUGUCGACAUGUUAUUGAUAGAACCAAUUCGCUCGUGUUAUCCUACUAGUGGGAUUAUACACUAGUAAUCGUGUGCCUGCCAGUGGGAGGUUUAUAACACUAGUCAUGACUAAUAAAGGAGACAACUAUUUAAUUUUAUUUUGCAUUAAUGGUUUGUUAUUGAGACGCUCUAUUUAUGUUUAAAUUGUUUAUUUGGCAUGCUUUAAAUUUUGAUCCCGGGCAUCCAUAUUUACUUACUGAGAUAUUUUAUCUCAUAGUUUUCCUUAUCCACCAUUUCAGGUAGUGAGACCCGACGCAUGGGAAGCCCAGGGGAGUGACGAGCUAGACGGUUAGGCAUUAUUUGGACUUAGGUUUUUGUAGUUAGGCCGCUAGUCACCCAUGCUGACUUAGAAAUUUUUGUGUACAGAACUCCCUUAGUUAUAGUCAUGAUUGUAUACAUGAAGUUAUAAAUCCUUGUACAUUUUGACUAGUAAAUAAAUAGAAAAAAAAGAAAGAAAGAGAAACUAGUUAU